GAAAAGACCUGCGUGAUGCGACAGUGCGCACACACAACUUCCGCCCAAGAAAAAUGGCUUAAAGGGUUGAUUGGAAAAUCCAAUUUGAUAUUUGCCAUGAAUCCAAGUUGUUUCAAUCUUCUAUGAUUUUAAAGAUAUAAAUUUUGAUUCCAUACAAAAUGGAUAAAGGCCAAGGAGACUAUGUUGAGAAACUCGAAAAAGAAAAUGAUGCAGACAACAGAGCAUCUAAACGCCAGAAAAUGGACAUAGUACUGGAAGAUCCUAAAAGACCAGUUGAAGCUGUGCAAAAAGGCUUUUCAUUUUUGCGAGAGCACAUGCUUACAGACCAAAGUUUAUUGGGCUACCUGUCUGAAUGCUCUGCUCUUCCUGAUGAAAUCAAACAAGGAAUGAGAGAAGGACAGGAUUUUGUCAGCAGUGGACGAGCUAUCAAGGCGAUUCUCCGACAUGGACCUGAAGAGUGUAGGAAGCUCAUUGAUUUCAUCAGAGGUUCACAGCUGCAUGCAGAUUUCAAAGAACACCUGUCAAAAGUUGAUGUGGAUUCGGAAAAAUUUAAUUUAUCCAUUGAAACGGUGUAUGAACACAGAACAACAUUAUAUCAAGAAAUGGAGCCUUCAUUAAUAGCAGACAUGUUGUUGGAAAAGCUUGUGCUGAACAUUGACGAACAUGACACUGUGGAAAGGGCUGUCACAAGGAAAGAAAAGUGCGAUGCGCUGCUGCUUCUAGUACAAACACACAAAGACAACAUUCAGAAGUUUAAAUUGGCAUUGAAAAAAUGUGGCUGUUCAUCAGUAUUGGAUGAAAUGAAGGAAAAGGUGCCAGAAAUACCAGAUGACCCAUUGGAUUGUGUGAAAAGAACCUACCGUUUACUUCAUCAGAAAAUUCAAAAAGAACAUCUAUAUGAAUACAUUAAGGAAAAGGGAAGUGACCAAGAGCUACCAUAUUCUUCAAAGGAUAUUAUAUGCAGCCUCAUGAAAUCUCCCAAAGGCUGUAGAGAUUUGUUGUAUUACUUAAGAAAAGAGAACUUAUCUUUAUUUUAUGAAGUGAUGGAGAAAUACAGGCUUAGGCGAGAUGGUAAAACAGUCAUAGAACAAGGGGAGCAUACUGUUGAUAUUGGGAAUGUACUAUGUGAGUUAGAGUUUUUGAAGACAGAGAUGGAACCAAUCCCAUUAAGUGACAUUUUAUUGGAGGAAAAUAUGAUUUUGCCUCCUCUUCAUCAAUCAGUUCAUCAGGAAUCGUCACGCAAGAUUCAAGCUGAAAUGAUCUUAGAAAAAUUGCAAAAGGAUUUUGAAAAAAAAUAUGAUGAGGCAGAGGAAAAAUUUGAACGCCAAAUGUAUGAAAUGCAUCGUAAAUUUGAUAUGCCAGGUCAUAAACCCAAAUCCGCACCUUUAAAAUAUGAAAAUCCACCCUUUGAUACCAAAGAAAUAGAAAAAGACUUUAAAGCCCCAGAAAUUGAGCACUGUAUUUCCCAGUUGAAGUGGACAGCAGUGCUAGAAAAGCUCAAAGAGAACAGAAAUGUCUUUAAGGAUUGUUUGUCCCACAGUUAUACAUUGUCGCAUUACGAUGGUGAGGAAAAGUUUGCCCUAAAAACACAGAGCAUAGCAUUUAAUGAAGGAAUGUUUCCUUCUGCAAUGGUGUUGAGCAUUGAAAUUCUCAGUAGUAAAAUAGAUUUAAAAGAAAAGCAGCAAGAAAUUGUAAAGUUCCUUAAUGGUGACUCGACACUACGCAGCCGAAUCUCCAGAUUCUUACACAUGAGAGUUGAUAAAGCUGAGAGUCCUCUAGUGUUACAUCUAACAUCCCUCACAGAAAAGGCUAGCCAACGUUUGUUGUCAGAUAAUGAUCAUGUCAUCCAAAAAUUGAUCAAAAUGUUGUUGGAUAUGAUGAACAUUACAAUAUCUUUGUAUGAGGAAAGUAGAACGCUGGAAAUUCAUGUUACAAUCACUGAAUCUACAUCAGGUUCUAACAAGCAAGAGGACUCUCACUUUAUAAAAGUGAGAAUACAACAAUAUUGGGACCUUCUUGUUCAAGAGCUAGAACCCAGACAAUUGGUAAUGUGUUUUGUGAAAGAAGGCUUGAUGACAAAGCCAGAAGAACAAAUCAUUCGCUCAUGCAGGCAACGGCAAACUAUGGUUGCCGCCUUCUUAAAGAUUCUCCUUAAAGCAUCAGAGGAACGCACCUUUGAAUAUUUCGUUCAGCUGCUGAGACAGCUGAAUAAAAAAGACAUCGCUGAUAAACUUUAUUGCAGAGACACGAUCAGCGUACAUCAAGAUGCUGAAACAGCAAGACAAAAUAUUCUUCUACACUUGGAUGAAGUACUAGAGAAUACUGAUACUUAUAUCACAGAGCAGACCCUGAGGAAACGUGAUGACUCCAUUAUCCCAGAAAGUGUUUGGCCAAACUCUGGGUUCAGUCGGAAAGGACGGGCCUACACUUUGCUUUUGUUUGUAUUUGAGGAUGAUUCUCUCGUACUGGAGUUUAAAAAUGCCUUGCAAUAUAGAAGAUUUGGUCAUUAUUUCCAAAAUAUAAUUGCAGACACAACAGAAGUCUUGCAAGAGAAAAAUGUGGACACAAUGCAGAAGAAGCUGUCUGAGAACACAGUGUUUGAAUGUACAUACAGGGCUGGAAUCAGAGCGGGAUAUGAUCCUGCUGCCAGAAAUAAAGAUUUUGUUCCUGUAGUCUCCCAUGAUUACAUUUAUGACGAAAGACACAGGCGAGGGAGGAGGUUUUGGCAAAUGGAAGAAUUUUUUGGCCAUCCUGACAUGUAUUAUAGAAGAUUUGAAAUGAUGAGGAGACCAAUGAGACGUCAUCUAGGGGUGGCCUCGAAACCUGCAACAAAUGAACCAGAAGAAAAAAAAAAAUUUGUCACAAAACACAAAACUGUGGCAGCUAUUGACUUUGGAACCAGUUACUCUGGUUUUGCAUUCUCAUCACAAGAAAAUCCUCUAGAAGUUGUAACGGGGAAGUGGAAAACUAACUCUUCAGAGUUACUUGAGUCUUUGAAAACACCAACUUCCCUCCUAUUUAAGAGUAAUGGAUUAGUGGAGUCUUUUGGUUAUGAGGCAGAGCAAAAAUUUAAAGCAUUAGUGGAAGAAAACAAGCAUCAUGAUUACAGAUUUUUUUACCAAAUAAAAAAAGAGUUACUUGGAAAACAUCGAUGUGAUGAAAACUUAGUUGUGUUUGACCACAUGGGUAGGCCUAUGGAUGCCCAGAAAGUGAUUUCAACUGCAAUUGGAUAUUUGUUUGUGGAGUGCAAGGAUGCCAUAGCAGAAAAGAAAUUUGACAAAGAUGACAUACUUUGGGUUAUGACAGUGCCCUCUUUGUGGAACAAUUUUGCCAAACAAUUCCUGAGAAAAGCAGCAGAAAAGGCUGGAAUUCCAAGACAACAACUGAUUCUUACUCUUGAACCAGAGGUGGCAGCGAUAUACACUAUAAAAGGAUCCAAGCCUGAUCUGCCCAGUGAUUCCGGGGACCAGUACGUCAGUGGGACCCAGAUUUUACUGGUGGACUUGGGAGGUGGUACGGCAGAUUUUACCCUGAUGGGUGUGGCAAAGGAUGGAGGCUUAGAGGUGCUGCAUGAAGCAGUGGGAGGGGCUUGGGGAGGGACCACAAUCAAUGCCAGGAUCUGGGAAUUCAUGGAGGAACUUUUAACCAAAGAUGUCAUUGAUGAGUUCAAAAAACAAACUUCGGACUACUUGGAUAUGGAGAGCAACAUUGAAUUAAAGAAGCGAGAUCUUUCUGCUAAUAACAAAUUACUGUUAUUAGUGUAUCCAUCCCUUGCUUCCAUUUGUAAAGAUAAAACUGGGAAAACAUACAAAACUUUGGUUGAGGAGUCGGAGCAUGCAGAAGAUGUCAAAGUACGAACUGGAAAAAUAAUUUUUGAGCCCAAGAUGAUCGAAAAAAUCUUUGAACGUACAUUGAAGGAGUGUUUUUCAGUCAUGGAUGAAAUCUUACAAGGUAAUGGAAAGAAUGUCAAAGAUAUUAUCCUUGUAGGUGGUUUUUCAGAAUCAGAAAUUAUCCAAAAACAAUUCGAAAACAAAUAUAGUAAGUACCAUUUGAUAAUUCCAACUGACCCAGGGUUGGCAGUGCUUAAAGGGGCCGUUAUUUUUGGACAUGAUGAUACCAUGGUGGAGCGCAGAAUCAGUCCACAUACAUACGGAGUUGAAACCUUGCAGUUUGGCUUCGAUACUGAUCCAGGUGACAUGAAGAAGGUCAUCAGUGGAACAACCUUUUGUUCUGGAACUUUUCAUAAAAUUGUUUCCAGAGGUGAAAUAUUACAAGUGGCCCAAAAUACUGAAGUUGAUGUUUUUUCACCGAAAAUUUCUGCUAAGCAAUUGUUUUUAAAAUUUUAUCAAACUGAUAAAAAAGGUAUUAAAUGUGUCGCAGAUGAAGGAUGCGAUUAUAUUGGAAAACUGACAAUAAACAUAGAAGAACCACCAUUUGGCGUCGAACCAUUGGUACGUUUGUUCUUCAAGUUUGGGGAGAUUGAAACAACAGUGGAAGGGAAGGAAGUUUUGACGGAUAAACCCGUGAAAACUGACAUUGAUUUUCUUGAAAGGAAACCCUAAACUCCUUAAAGUGUUAUCAAAACAAAUCACUUUUGACUAUUCUUUGUUUUUUUCAUGUAUUAUCUAUUUUGACAUAUUUACAUUUAUGUUGAACUUUGUGUACUAAUGAUCAUGAUUUAAAACCUGCAUAUGGAAUGGGAAGACUUAUCGAUAUAAGCAAUAUGAGUUACAAUUUUACAGGGCUUAACAUUAACAUAUCCAAAUAUCAGACAGUUUAUCUUCACAACCAUUGAAGAGACGAGUAAUGUUUUGUAAACAUUUAUUAUCAUGGACUUAUCUCAAAAGUGAAACACGUAAAAAGUGAAUUUGGACAAAUAAAAUUCGUAAGGAUCUUGCGCUAUGGAAAAGUGGAUAUUUUAGUUUUAAAUAUUGAGCCCAAAAUUUUAUCUAAUUUUUAAUUGUAGAAUUUUAUUUUACUCUUAAAUUAAAAAAUUACAUGUAAUAUACAGAAUUAAUAUGAAUUUUAAUUAUUUUGUUUGUCAUACAUGUAUAAUGAGGGGAAAAGGCUUUGAUGGAAGCAAAUUCAAAUUAUUGUGGGUUUUUUUUUAUUAAUUUAUUUGGCUGUCUUUUAUUGUAUGUUAGUCUUUCUUGACUGUGAUGCAAAAAUUAUCAAAUAGGUUUUUUAUAUGUUGCACGCAGAUUCUACUAUUCUGAAUUUUGAAAAUGCCUCAGUUUGCUGUAUGUUUUUCAUGGUGUAAAUGAAAAAAAAUAAACGUAAAUGAAGAGUCACGACAAAUUUGAUACCAUACAAAAGAUAUGACACUUUUAACUACCAGUUAUUUUACACGUUUAUUGUAGAGCAUAGAAAUAAAGUUUGAUAGGUAUGUUUUAUUAAUUAUAACUAUACAAUUAUGUACAGGUAUAAAAAUAUAUUUGAAUGUACAUUCUUUUAAUAAAAAUUUUAUGCAUAAGAUGUAUACAUGUAUUUUCACAUUAUGUGUUAUGUAUUAAUGCUUACUACAUUUUGCUCUACAACGGAUAAUUAUGAUAACUUUUAUCAUUUUGAUCAUUUAUACAUUAAAGGUUUUCUAUAAUCCUGAC